CAUAAUAUGUUUGGUGCUCCAUCAUAUGUUGUCUCAGACUCAGAGGAUCUUAAGAAAAAGAUACAUAAAAAAUAUCGUUCUUCUUCGAAGUGCCUUGUUUCCUCUAUUUCGUCGCCACACUCUUCUCUUCUCUUAUCUUAUCUACCCCUCUCUCUCUCUCUCUCCUACUCCAUUCCCCCCUUCGCAUUCAAUGGCGGCCAUCUCAUCGGUUGUAUCGACAGUGAGGGCAAGGUCCUUCGCCUUCUCCUCCACAGUGCGCUUCCCUCACUGCCCUCCCUCCGUGUGUUUCCCUCGCCGGCCCUUUGGCCGGACUCUAACAGUGUCCGCCAUCUCCGUCGGCGAUAAGCUCCCAGAUGCCACACUGUCCUACCUCGAUUCCGCCGGCGAGGUGCAGACACUCACCGUGUCCAAGUUGACCAAGGGCAAGAAGGCUAUAUUGUUCGCCGUCCCCGGCGCCUUCACCCCGACCUGCUCCCAAAAGCACCUACCCGGCUUCGUCGAGAAGGCCGGGGAGCUGCGCGCCAAGGGCGUGGACACCAUCGCCUGCAUCUCCGUCAAUGAUGCGUUCGUGAUGAAGGCUUGGAAAGAGAACCUCAAUAUCCCUGACGAUGCCCAAGUGCUGUUGCUCUCCGAUGGCAAUCUGGAGUUCACAAAGGCGCUUGGUGUUGAGCUUGAUCUCACUGAUAAGCCAGUGGGGCUUGGUGUCCGGUCCAGGCGCUAUGCCCUUCUGGCUGAUGAUGGUGUUGUGAAAGUGCUCAAUUUGGAGGAGGGUGGUGCCUUCACCAUCAGUAGCGCCGAUGACAUGCUUAGCGCCCUCUGACCGGUUGAUCUGAAAGUAGUAUUCAGUAAGGUGGGCAUCCGCAAUGGGUUAAGGCAAACCAACACUGAUUCUUAUUUCUGAAUUGGGUCCAAUGCAAUGGAAAUUGGUGACAUCUACAUUAUCAUUGUAAAUCAGUGACCUCUAAAUUAGGUUCUAAAUGAGCCCAGUUUGCAACAUAGAUCAGUGACUUCCAAUUUAUUUGUAUUUCUGCUCUUAACAUAUGGCACAAACAUAGCAAUAUAUAUUAGAAAAUGUAUUGCUGAGUUUUUAAUGGACUGUAUACAAUACUCACAAUUUGGUA